AUGAGACUCCCCAAACUCCUCACUUUCUUGCUUUGGCACCUGGCUUGGCUGGACCUGGAAUUCAUCUGCACUGUGUUGGGUGCCCCUGACUUGGGCCAGAGACCCCAGGGGGCCAGGCCAGGCUUGGCCAAAGCAGAAGCCAAGGAGAGGCCCCCUCUGGCCCGGAGCAUCUUUAGGCCGGGGGGUCACAGCUAUGGUGGGGGGGGCGCCAGUGCCAGGGCAAAGGGGGGCACCGGGCAGACAGGAGGCCUGACACAGCCCAAGAAGGAUGAACCCAAAAAGCUGCCCCCCAGAUUGGGUGGCCCUGAACCCAAGCCAGGACACCCUUCCCAGACAAGGCAGGCGGCAACGCGGACGGUGACCCCAAAAGGACAGCUUCCUGGGGGUAAGGCACCUCCAAAGGCAGGAUCUGUCCCCAGCCCCUUCCUGCUGAAGAAGGCCAGGGAGACUGGGCCCCCUCAAGAGCCCAAGGAGCCGUUCCGCCCGCCCCCCAUCACGCCCCACGAGUACAUGCUCUCGCUGUACAGGACGCUGUCCGAUGCUGACAGAAAGGGAGGCAACAGCAGCGUGAAGUUGGAGGCUGGCCUGGCCAACACCAUCACCAGCUUUAUUGACAAAGGGCAAGAUGACCGAGGUCCUGUGGUCAGAAAGCAGAGGUACGUGUUUGACAUUAGUGCCUUGGAGAAGGAUGGGCUGCUAGGGGCCGAGCUGCGGAUCUUGCGGAAGAAGCCCUCGGACGCGGCCAAGCCAGUGGCCCCCGGCAUCGGGCGGGCUGCCCAGCUGAAGCUGUCCAGCUGCCCCAGCGGCCGGCAGCCGGCAGCCUUGCUGGAUGUGCGCUCCGUGCCAGGCCUGGACGGAUCUGGCUGGGAGGUGUUCGACAUCUGGAAGCUCUUCCGAAACUUUAAGAACUCGGCCCAGCUGUGCCUGGAGCUGGAGGCCUGGGAACGGGGCCGGGCCGUGGACCUCCGUGGCCUGGGCUUUGACCGGGCGGCCAGGCAGGUCCAUGAGAAGGCCCUGUUCCUGGUAUUUGGCCGCACCAAGAAACGGGACCUGUUCUUUAAUGAGAUUAAGGCCCGCUCGGGUCAAGAUGAUAAGACGGUGUAUGAGUACCUGUUCAGCCAGCGGCGAAAAAGGCGAGCACCAUUGGCCACGCGCCAGGGCAAACGGCCCAGCAAGAACCCCAAGGCCCGCUGCAGUCGGAAGGCGCUGCAUGUCAACUUCAAGGACAUGGGCUGGGAUGACUGGAUCAUCGCACCCCUUGAGUACGAGGCCUUCCACUGUGAGGGGCUAUGUGAGUUCCCCUUGCGCUCCCACCUGGAGCCCACGAACCAUGCAGUCAUCCAGACCCUGAUGAACUCCAUGGACCCUGAGUCCACACCGCCAACCUGCUGUGUGCCCACACGACUGAGUCCCAUCAGCAUCCUCUUCAUUGACUCCGCCAACAACGUGGUCUAUAAGCAGUAUGAGGACAUGGUCGUGGAGUCUUGUGGCUGCAGGUAG